AUGGAACGUUAAACGUUGAUCCGGUAAAUUUCGAUACACAUUUUUUAUUUCUUUUACUAAGUUCGGAUCUAGUCGACAGUAAAUAGCUGCCACCCUUCUGAACAGCAUUUUCUCCGUGAUAUGCGCCUUUAACAUUCUCGCCAGCGUUAUCAGCGUAAAAACAUAGCAAUUCUCAAGAUACUAUAUGAUAUGAUACCAAUGGAUGAUGCCAACUUCAGUGACCAACUACGUGGCCGCGUGAUACUAAUACCCGGUCCUUUGCCUUUUCCUUUUAACUUCCUUGUGAGAGAAUGAGAAACACCCGAACCACACUCCGCUCAUUCCCGGGCCAUUAUCGCCCGCAGGCGGACGCACCUUACUAUGCACCCCUACCUUGCCGCAUGGGAACCUGCAGUACCGGUGGUAUCAGCAAUUCCCACGACAGCAUCGGCACCAUUAAAUCGGCAGACACUGUAGCAACCACCCACACUGAAACCUACCCAGGAUUUGUUUUGGGUGUUGUCUUCCCGUUCUACAAUGAGACUCGCCAGGAAAUGGAACGCUCGCUGCACCAAUUCCAGACACAACUUGAUGUAGCAAACUCGGAUUCGCGUACGGCUUGCACUGAGCAUAUACUCCUGACAAUGGACGGCUGGGACAAGUGCAGUGAUUCGAUGAAGACCUACCUU